GCCCGACUCGACUCCCCAGCUCUCAAUCAGCAUGGACGUGGAACAAUUCCGCAAGGCUGGCUAUGCGGCCAUAGAUCAGAUCUGCGACUACUACUCGUCACUCGAGCAGCGCGAUGUCAAGUCAAACGUAAAGCCGGGGUAUCUGCUGGAGCAGCUGAGCACCACGCCGCCCACAAAAGGCGAGGCCUUCCCUGCCAUCGCCGCCGACUUUCAGCGCCUUAUAAUGCCCGGCAUAACGCACUGGCAGCACCCCAAGUUCUUCGCCUACUUCCCCUCCAUCGUCACCUUCGAGUCAAUCCUUGGUGACAUGUACAGCUCAUCCGUGACGAACCCGGGCUUCAACUGGUCGUGCUCCCCGGCCUGUACCGAGCUCGAGCAGGUCGUCAUGGAGUGGAUGGUCACGAUAUUGGGUCUGGACGAUGUGUUCCGCACCAGCUCGGGCAAGGGUGGUGGUGGUAUCAUAGGUACCUCCGCCUCUGACCAGUGCCUCACUGCAACGAUCGCUGCGCGCGAGCGCGCCCUUCGCAUUCUCGCGCGGGAGCACCACAGCGCCAAUGGCAACGCGACCCCAACACAGGGCCCGACGGAAGUGCCCUUCAGCGUCCGGCAGGAAAGCACGAAGCAGCUUGUCAUGUACGGCUCGACGCAGACGCACAGCAUCGGUGCAAAGUCGGCAUUGCUCCUUGGGAUGCCGUUCCGCGCGCUCCCGGUCAAGGCCGAAGACGGGUACGCUCUGCGCGGUGACGUGCUCAAGGCUGCGAUAGAGGAGGACAUCAAGAAGGGCUUUGUGCCGUUCUUUGUUAUUGGGACGGUCGGCACGACAUCUUCCGGUGCGGUCGACUACAUUGCCGAGAUCGGCGAGGUUGUGCGCCAGUACCCCACCAUGUUCUUGCACAUCGACGCGGCAUGGGCCGGUAUGGCGUGGGCGCUGCCGGAGCAGCGUGAACCACUGCGCCUGGCCGAGGUGAACAAGUACGCCGACUCGAUUUGCACCAACGCCCAUAAGUGGGGUCUCGUGGGCUUCGAUUGCUCUCUCUUCUUUGUCCGAGACCGCCGCGACCUCACAGAAGCACUGGACGUGACGCCCGCAUACCUGCGCACUAAAGAGGCCGACGCGGGCGCAGUUAUAGACUACCGCAACUGGCAGCUGGCGUUGGGCCGCCGAUUCCGCUCAGUCAAGCUAUGGUUUGUGAUGCGUGGCUACGGUAUUGAGGGCUUGCAGGCGCACCUGCGGAAUGGCAUCAACCUGUGCCAGGACCUCACUGCGGUCGUGUCUCAAGACUCCAAGUUUGAGAUUGUCGCGCCUCAGCGCCUCGGCCUGUUGUGCUUCAGACUGAAGCGCGCGGGCGCCAGCGCAAGCGAGCUGGACGGGCUCAAUGUGGAGCUCAACUCGCGACUGGCCGCGCGCCCAGACGUGCACCUGACACAAACGAUCCUCAAGUCGGAGGACGGAGGCGAGAUAUUCUGCAUCCGGUUCGCGAUAGGCGCCCUCCGAACAACGAAGCGGGAUGUGGAGGAAGUAUGGGCUGAGGUUGUCAAAGAGAGUGAAGGGCUCCUGCAAGAGGGGGCGGCAAGGAACUAGAUGUUAUGUUGUGUCUGUCCUGUGCGAGUUCCUGUCUGAGUGUCUGAACGAAGAAGAUGCAUGUCAGCAGGUGUGGUGUUGUG